AUGCCCACGCUAACGUCCCCACCCGUAUUUCGAGGAUCUAGGGCUCACGAUAAGCAGGUGUUCAUGAAGAAGUACGAAGCUUACUGUCACCAGCUCUUCGUCUUGGAAACAGCGUUCUUCCGGCCUUUCCAUAUGCCCGUGGGCGCAUGCGUGGAAGACGAGCGCCGCCGUCGCAUUGCGUUAUUUGGCAUCUGCAAGUCCCUCGACGACAUCACGGAGGAAGACUGGAUUGACUACUUCUGGGACUGGCGCUCAUUGCCUUCGACAACGUGA